GAGACUUUUGCAACUAUGUUUAGUUUGGUUGAUGAUAUCUAUCGUAACAUCGAAUGAUCUAAAGGAUCUGCUCGAAGAUAGCAUAACACCACGGUCCACUACUACCUAUACUUCAACAUUAACACAGACCACACCAAGAACAUUAAUAAUGAAUAAAUCAUCAGGAAAUAUGUUAGUACCACAUCCUCCACCAGCCAUUAAAACGAAUUUGAAAUAUUUUAAUAAAAGCUCACCAAAGAAACGCAAAGCCGAAGAAGUUUCAUCGAUACCGAUAGGUGAUGAUAAUACUGAAUGGAAAUGUCCAAACAUAACAGGUUCUCGUAGUUUAGAAUGCGGUUGUGAUUUACCGCAUACAUUACGCUGCAACGGUGACCUACAUGGCUUAACAGUACUUGCUGAAAAUUUACGUGUUUCUCCAUAUUCCGUUUCUCUCCUGGAUUGUUCCCUACGCAAUGUUACGUUUUUGAGCGAUGCCAAAAUAUUUGAGGGAGUUUCACUGCACGGUUUAGUGAUUUCUUCAGGAGAAAUUAAACGUGUACAUAAAUAUGCUUUCUUGGGCAUCAAAGGACCCUUACAAGCUUUAGGUUUGCCAAGUAAUGCCUUAUUAAGCGUACCUUGGAGUUCGAUUUCAACACUUACAGCUCUAGAGCGUUUAGACUUAUCCACUAAUAGAAUCAAAGCACUUGGUACCUCAGAUUUUGCUGGUCUUAUUAAUCUUGUUUAUCUUGAAUUAAGUAACAAUCAAAUUACAAGCAUAUCCCAAAGAACAUUUUCAAAUUUGGCAAAAUUGGAAGUACUCAAAUUAGGUGGCAACCGAUUAGGUGAUUUUCCCACAAGUCUGAAAGCAUUAACUCAAUGCUUUAAUUUAAGGGAAUUGGACUUAACUGCCAAUAAUUUAAAUGGACCACUCUCCAGCACAACAAUACCUGGUUUACGUAAUUUAGAAAUACUUAAUUUAAAUCGUAAUCUUAUAAAGAGCAUACAAAAUAAAGCACUACAGAAUUUUUCACGGCUUACUAGCUUAUAUCUACGUCACAACCAAAUUGAUGUAUUACAGGAUCAUGCCUUCUAUGGCUUAGGUUCUUUACAGAAUUUGGACUUGAGUUAUAAUGGUAUUGUAGCCGUUUCAAGCGCUUCUCUACAACACUUAACGCGCCUAACUACGCUGGACCUUACACAUAACUUUUUAAGAGCACUUACAUCCGAUCUUAU